UAAGCCGCUGGCCUCUGUCUCCGGCGUGUUAGGACUCCUUGUUCGCGCGGUCUCUUGGAUCGCCCCUAGAGAUCUUCGGCCCCCCGACGUUUUGUCACGGAGACGCCGACCCCCAUUGGCCAGCGGUGCCAAAUUCCAAAGAGAGCACCACCGCAGCCACCAAAAGGCCCACGGGAAUUCAAGGCGGAAAAGGUCUAGCAGAAAAGACGGCGUCCCACGUUGUCUCUUGCAUGCGACCCCGGUCUGACUCGUGCUUCUGGGUGGGCCGUCGAUGACAGGCAGACCCUAGCAAUUACUAUCCUCUAGCCUGGGACCCGUGUACGGAGAUUCCCAACAGUACAAGGACGCCCAGUCUGAUAAUUUGCCCUGCAACUAACUAACUACAUGACGGAUACAGCCUCCUCCACUGCGGCCGUUCCUGGUGUUAUUUCUCCCGCUCCCACAACUGCAGCCGCUGGUCCCUCUGCACCUGAUUCGGGUUCAAUGACAACAAUAUCCCCCGAAUCAUCCUCAGCUGUACCAUCUCAAAUUACUUUACCCCCUGUAGAUCUUGGUCCAGACUUCUCCAAAUCAACAUCAACCACUCUGCCGCCUUCUGCGACAGGCUCGAUCUCGAAGGGUAGUCGACGAUCCUUCGCGGUUCUUGCGCGUGAGAAAACGAUAGCGACUCUUGCUUCCAUCGGUCUCAACUCCGGUUCUUCUCUGCGCUCUCCGACGUCCUCUGGGAGCCUGUCGAGACAUAGCUACAAGCAAUCCCACGCGUCCAGCGGAUCGCCUGCUCUCAGCCCAUCUCUGUCGGGCAGCAGAUCCAGCAGCAACGAGCAAUUGUUCCAUAGCGACAGACCCGAGACAGACCAGCCUCGUCGCUCCGAGCAGUCCACGCGCACCGACGUCCCGGAGGUCGCAUCUCGUUCAUCAUCGCCAUCUCUCGCUCUAGAAGCGACCUCAAACCCAGCUUUACGGCGCCGGGGCACGCUCAAUCGCAUCGCUCGGAAUUCCGAACAAUUACCUCCGUCCCAAGUAGAGACCCCGCCGGGGAGACCGUCAAACAAGAUGCAUCAGACAUCGUCCAGGUUGUUGAGGAUGACGGAGGAGGAGCGGCCGUACACGAAGGAUUUUAAGGACCUGUUCUCGACCUUGAUGGUCAGCUUGAAACUGGAUUCGCACCGUGUGCGAUUCACCAAGUUUGAUCACUCAUUUACCUCUGAGGAGGCCAUUAAUAAUCUGGGGUCACUCAAAUUCUCGCAAUCAAACCGGAUGCCUGAUCCCAAGGACCCCUCACGGAUCGUUACCACAACGACCACAACAACUUUUUCUAUGGCCAAGGAGAUGGCUCGUUCUGUGUGCCAGAGAUUCGUUGAUGCCCGUUUUAUCGAACCGGUCGAUGGACGCAACAUCUCGUAUUUCCCUAUGAAGGGGGCUCUCUUCCAGCUCACGCCAAAGGGGAUCAACAUCCUGCAGCGCUUCUGCCAGCGAAAUGGUAUCACGGCAAGGCACGUGAUCGACGUCCUUGAGUCCCCACGCAACACGAUGCAACUGGUUACUCUGGAGCGUGAUACGGAAAGCGAUAAGAUCUCUUCGGAUAGAGGUACGAUUGAAGUCAUAUUCCGCCGCUUUAUGGGUCAGGAUGGUCCCAACAUCAAGAACAGUACUUCCUCCUCAGAUUCGGAUUCUGUCACCGAGUAUGCCAACGGACUUGUCGGUGUUAAGAUGGCAAAGGAAAGAAGAGUUGGCGACAAGAUCUACCAGAACACCUUCACAGGAAAAGCGGCGAUCGAUUGGCUUAUGGACUGCUCUACUACCAUCGACCGACGAGAGGCAUGCUCCAUUGCUGAGCUCUUUGUCAAAUAUGGAUUGAUGCUUCCAUAUCAGGAGGAUAAGAAUUACGUUCUUCAGGACCCCGUGUCUUCAGUUUUCCAGCCCACAAAGUACGCGAUCUACGGUGUUUCCGAGCGUGGCCAGCGUGUCUGUGGAUGGAUUGCUCGGGACAAGCCACCUGCCAACUUUGAAAGCAGAAAUGCGCCUCGGGACUCCAACAAUGCGCGCUUGAACCAUAUCUUGCAGGACCCAGCUUUAAGAUUGCUCUUCCGUGAAUUCCUCCGGUACUCGCUGUGCGAGGAGAAUCUGUCUUUCUACGUUGAUGUCUCGGAAUUCACCGCAAACUACCACAGAGCAGAGAAAGCGGGUGCGUUCAACAACAUCGAUGCGGUUCGAGAGACACUUGCAUCUGCGUAUGGACUUUACAAUGCUUUCUUGGCACCCGGUUCGCCUUGCGAGCUGAACAUUGAACAUGCUCUGAGGAAUAGCCUCGCCAGCCGGAUGACCAAGGCUGUUGGUGAUGACGAGUCUAUGUUGAACAGCUUGCAGGAAGUCGUGCAUCUGUUCGAGCUUGCACAGACCUCUGUGUUCAAACUGAUGUCGAGUGACUCGGUGCCGAAGUUCCUUCGUGACCCGAAGUACGCCGUUGUUUUGCAGGAACAUGAUUUGGAUAUCGGCGGAAACGGUCGGUCUUAUUCGCCUACUCCUGCUCCAAUCCCGGAGAGGUCCAUGAGUCGUUCGGUCAAGCCCUCGUAGGGAAAUCCGCACGGGUACACGGUCCACCAUUCGGGUCAUCCAUGAGACAGUUUGUUCUCAGCAGCAUAUGCCUUGAUACGCGUGAAUUCGCCUGAGUUCUUUCCUGCCGGCCGAGAUCCUUGUUCAAUACGAAGUUCUAGAUCUGUUUAUCCUGCUGUGGCGACUUAUAGUAGGAUCGCCAACUAUUCACACUUCGGCGGGCUAUUCUCGGCGAACGUUUCCAGGGGGGCAAAAUGAGAAGCUGUCUAGGUUCUUAUCGAUUGGAUGAAACUUGGCGGCUUCUCAAGACAGCGAUGUGCCUCUUAACUCCACUCAGUUACCCCCUACCGUGC